GGCGCUGUCACUGUUAUGGUCCUGUCAGGGCCCCGGCGUCGUGGUGCUUGGGUGCUCGCCACCGGCUGGCCUCGGGUGCGACCUGGUCGGCAGCCAGAGGCUGCGCUUAGCUCGCGCGUCCCCUCCCUCGGCCGAGCCCGCGCCUCCUGGCUCGCAGGCCGCCCCUUAGCAGGUCGUCCCGGAGCCCCGGGCCCAGCCGCUCGUCAGCACCGAGGCCGGCGGGAUGCAGCCUCCGGGCCCGCCCCCGGCCUAUGCGCCUGCCAACGGGGACUUCACCUUUGUGUCUUCGGCGGACGCGGAAGAUCUCAGCGGUUCUAUAGCAGCUCCAGAUGUCAAAUUAAACCUCGGUGUAAGCGGAGAUUUCAUCAAAGAAUCUACAGCUACUACAUUUCUGAGACAAAGAGGCUAUGGCUGGCUUUUGGAAGUUGAAGAUGAGGAUCCUGAAGAUAACAAGCCACUUUUGGAAGAAUUGGACAUCGAUCUAAAGGACAUUUACUACAAGAUCCGCUGUGUUCUGAUGCCAAUGCCAUCGCUGGGUUUUAAUAGACAGGUGGUGAGAGACAAUCCUGACUUCUGGGGUCCACUGGCUGUUGUUCUUUUCUUUUCCAUGAUAUCAUUAUAUGGACAGUUUAGGGUGGUCUCAUGGAUUAUAACCAUUUGGAUAUUUGGUUCACUGACAAUUUUCUUACUGGCUAGAGUUCUUGGUGGAGAAGUUGCAUAUGGCCAAGUUCUUGGAGUUAUAGGAUAUUCAUUACUUCCUCUCAUUGUAAUAGCCCCUAUACUUUUGGUGGUUGGAUCUUUUGAAAUGGUAUCUACACUUAUAAAACUGUUUGGUGUGUUCUGGGCUGCCUACAGUGCUGCUUCAUUACUCGUAGGUGAAGAAUUCAAGACCAAAAAGCCCCUCCUCAUUUACCCCAUCUUUUUAUUGUACAUUUAUUUUUUGUCCUUAUAUACUGGAGUGUGAUCCAAGUUGUACAUGAAUCAAAAAGAUGGUGUUACAUUUGUAUUACGCUGGGAAUUCUUGCUGGAGGGAUUGGAGAAAAUAUUACUAGUAAAAUUUUAUACAUUCCAGAUAGAGAGGCAGGCUUAAAGUCUUUUUAAAACAAUAUUUUUUGUAUUUAAGUAAUUGCAGUUAUCUGGGAUUUUUUUUUCUUUUUUUUGGUCAGAAUUCUGAAUUCUGUUUGGUUCUUCAUAUUCCGCGAAUAAAUAAAAAGCGUUGUGUUUUUCAGAUUGUGUCAAUAUUCACCUGAACACUUGUGCCAAAAGCACCUGGAUGGGGAGUUGUGUUUCACAUGAAGUAUAAAUUUGACAACAUCCUGAAAAAUCUAAAAGUGCAAUUUUUUUCUUUAAAGAAUUUUCUCUGGCACCACAGAUCCUGUAGAUACCUAUUUAUAUUUAUACAUAUAUAUUUAUGAAAUAAUUCUUAUUCACAAAAUAUAUUUCUGAAUAGCCUAAAAAUUAAGAUACUAAAUCUGAUGCUUAAAUUUUCUUUAAUUUGGCUAUUACUGUUUUUUGUUUAAAACUUAAAACUUGCUUUUUAAAUUGUGUAUAGAUUUUAAUCUAAUAGUUGCUGGUAUAGAUUUGGACUGUGUGUGUGUGCUCUUAAGAAAACAGUUUUGAAUGUCUAAACAUUUGAUUUAAAGUUCCCUGUUUAUCUUUUUGACCAAAGGAGCAAGAGAUAUAAUGGAUAUGGCAUUCAUUAAAAUCAUUAAUAUAUAGGAAAAAUAAUAUUUAUAGCAUCAGCAAAUAUUUUUAAGUGGUAUAUGAUCUUGGACAAUGUUAUAUGAAGUAGAAAAUAAAAUGUUUUCCAGCUGUGUGUUUUGUUUUACAAUACCUUGUCCUAUAUUACUUGAGACUUUUAACAAGUAUUGUUUUUUUCUAACAUAUUUACAGUUUUUGCUAGGGGAAAUAUUAAGAAAAUUUUAUCACAGUUUUUUUGUAAAUCAUGGAUUCUGUAUAUAUCUCUAAUAUUACUUUGUAAAUUAGACAAACUAUUUUAUCUGUGUCUACAAAAUAGCAAAUCCCUGUUAGCAAAUUAUUGUAUUAUUCUUUCUGACAUUGCCCCCAAAAGGUUAACUUCUGUUCCUGAUAUGGUAUGACAUCGUCUCUGUGUUCCUUAGGCAAGACAGAUCU